AUGAAUAACCUCUCGCCUGUCGGGGAGUUGAAGCGGCCCGCUCGUCGCUUCAACGAUCCCCCCGUGAAGCUUGCCUGUCUCUCCUGUCGUGCCUUGCGGAUCCGAUGUGAUGGCCAGGCCGAAUGCGCCAACUGUGCUGCCAAAGGAAGAUCAUGCUGCUACGUGCCCAGUCGUCGAGGCGGUCCACGCAUUCAUCCCGGUCGCAAGAAUAAAGGCAUCUCGCUCGAAAACCCGAUAGAUCUCACGGCCACCGACAAACAAGGUCCUUCUCUUCGGCUGGAGACCCCCACGCCCAUGGAGACCGAGGAAAACUCUCGCUCGGAGGGAGAAGAAUGGGUGAGCCAGCUCUCUGGCCUGUGUGGUCCGGGAGCAGGACUGCGGAACGUCGAAGUGCCCCUGGCAGAGAUAGACUCCAUCUUUGAUUCCAUUUUCACGCCCGUAGACAAGAGUCCAAAAGACUCGCAGUCUUCCUCCAAGCCCAACCAGAUCAGAAUCUAUGACAGCAACGAGCACCUGCAAGUUGACACCGCGAGGAUCGGCGUACUAAGUGCCUACUACAUCUUCAUUCACCCCUAUUUCCCGAUCCUCCCCCCACCGGAGCGCCUGCCGGUAACCAGCAGUCCCAUCUCCAAGAGGCCGCCCAGCUUUGAACCGAUCAACCCGCUAGGUCGGGCGAUUGCAGCGAUCAUGGUUCUCGUCCCUCAUCCGAACGAAAAGGAGCCCUCGAGGCCCGAGUACGUCAAGAUCCGACGCGAUUUUGCACAUUGCUUCGCCAAAUCGGCCUUUGAUGCGGUUGAGAUCGAAUACGGGACGCCGGACGCACCGAAGAUCCCUAAAGGUCAGGCCGCAGAAGCUGUGACGGGCUCUGAUCGCGAACCAUUCCAUCCCAAAUUGCCCGUCUCGCUAGAAGGCGUCGUGGCGCUGGCGUUGCUGAGUGUCUAUGAGUACGCGCAGCAAGGGCAUCUAGAUCGAAUGCUGCAUCGGUCGAACCAAUCUCUAGCGCUGGCGCUCAGUAUGUCGUUGCACGAGGCAUUAGACGAAGAUGAAUUUGCAGAGGCUCGACGUCGAGUUUGGUGGAUGACAUACAUGUCAGCCUGUCAAGGGUUGGCUGUAAGCAAUUUGCCUCCGGCGUUCGACUUGUACGAUCCUUGGUUUGUAACACCGUAUCCAGAGGGAUGGAAACUACUCGUCGAGGCUCAACAGGCCAUUCUCGAAUCGGCAACGUUUUCUCGUGAUCUCGACCAGGUCAUAAAAUCCGGUGGUGACGCAUCCUGGGUGCUAUCAAGGAUGGCCGAACUCGACAGUCAGAUUGCAUCGCUUUUGCUUCUAUGUCGGGAUUCUCUGUCCGUGUCUGAAAUGGUACCUCCGCCCGACUCUCCAGACUUUGUGGCUUCGAAGACGAUGCGUGCUUUCGCAGAGAUCAAACUACAUACUGCUCGCAUUAAGACGCAUCGACUAUGCGCAUUCCAAGACAUCGACACCAUUUCAUCCGAGCCGCUGGAUCUGGAGGCUCCGGCAACUGAUCCGAUCGACUUUUCGCUGGAAUCGGGAAACAGUCCCAUUUAUAUCCAAGAUCCUCCAGUUCCUCCCCAUGCCCGUCGUCUCCCAUUCCCAUUUACCUCCGACGAAUCCUCCCGAAUCUGUCUCCACGCCGCUUUCAAUGUUGUCGUUUUGCUCAACAACCUGCCUCAUCCAAGCCCUACCGACGAAACCCCCGAGUCGAAUGCACCUCUCUCACUCCGGCCUCAACUUGAGAUCCCCCGUACCAUGCCCACUUUGAUAUGCUGUGCGAUGCAGUCGGGGUACGCAAUGCUGAUGCUGUGCGUUAAGGCGCGAACCCUUCGGCGAUACGGAGAAGAGCAAUCUAGCCGUCUGAGCGUCGACUCGUUGACUGGGUUUCGAGAGGAACUACACCAAAGCUUGCGGGGCGUGGUAAAAUGCUUGGAUAACUACUCCAUUGCGUAUGAGGCAUUGCACGGAGUCAGAGACGAGAUUUCGCAGGCAAUCGAGAGAGAGUUUCGACUUUGA